AUGACUUUUAUACCUAAUUGGGAAGAAUUUGAAAAAUCAGCAGAAAUGUUAUAUUUGAGAGAUCCUUUAAAUACUCGUUACAGUGUAAAGUAUUCUCAUUCAAAAGGGAUAUUUUUAGUUAAGAUAACUGACAAUAAAAAGUGUCUUCAAUACAAAACAGAGGUACAACAAGAUGUGAGAAAAAUUGAUAAGUUUAUAACAAAUUUAAUAAGACACAUGGCUUCUAAUGAUAAU